UAUAGUAUGAGGGGCCGCCGAGGGUGAUUCAAGGUGAAUUCAAAAGUUAGAAAAAGGAUUACCGUGGGUGGAGUGUAUGUAUGCAUUUUUGAGAAGGGUCGUUUUGAAGACAUGUCGGCUGACCUUUCAAAGCGAAUAAUUCGGAAUCCGAGGCACUGAAUUCUUUUGGACCGGCCUUGGGCGUCAAGUGGAGUCCCCAAAGCCAACUAUAAUAACCGUCCAUCUUUUUUUUACAACCCCGAACUAUCCUUCCUCUCUCAAAGUUACGUUAUAACGUUACAUGUCCUCGAUGGCGCACUCCGCUGCUGAAUCUGUCUCGUCACAACCCGAUCGUCCAGAGCGUAGCCGUAAUGCUAAAGCUCAAGCUCGCCAUCGUGCAAAGCGAAAGGCUUACAUCGAGCAGCUCGAGCAGACAGUCACCAAACUACAAACUGCUUUAGGCUUCACACCAGACCAGGUGGCAGCUUUACCGCCUCCCUUGGUCAAAAUUCGCGAGCUCGAGCAAGAAAAUACCCGCUUGCAGAAAGAAAAUGAAGAAAUGAGACGUUUGUUGGAAUCUGACCACCGCGGCAAUCAUUUGUCCUCUGACUACCGUCGACACUCCUUGUCCAACUUCCACGACACACGUAACUGUGACCGCGACUUCAAGAAACGGAAGAUGGAUGAUCUCUACAUGCCGCAAGACGCUCCGCACGGUGAUCGUCCCCCUCCACUUACUAUUCCGCAGCCGCUCUCCCAUCACCAGUACGGCAGUAUACCCUCCCACAACGGGACGUCUGGUCAUGGCGGUGUUUCAAGCAACUCGUCUUCUCUCUUUAAUUUGCAUGCUCCCGCUUUCCAUCACAUUCCUCAUACCCCGUCCGGAUCAAGUUCUACUUCAAGUCCUCCAUUUUCGCAGCCUGCCCAAAUGCAACACUCAUCGCAUUCCCCGGUUAACAGUCGUCCCAGUUCAUUAUCACAUCACCCGCUUCCAAGCAGCUACCACCAUUCCAAUCAUUACGGUUCCGUCAAGGUUGAAGACGAUCAUUACAGCUCAUCAAACCAUCAUAAUCAUAAUGGCUCGUCCAACCAUUAUCACACAACACUCCCUCCUUUUGCCCAAACUGUACCAGAAGCUGAAGUGGAUAACUGGCAUGCCUACUCGGCUGAACGUGCGCAAGUGCAUCGGUAGAGCCGAAAUACCUGGAUUGUUAUAUUAUUCCCGACUGAUCGGUGUAGAUGAUACCCCCGUUCUAUCGCUAUCAUUGUCUCGCUGCAUUUCGACUAGCUCUCUUUGCCGCAUCGCUAUUUCUCCUAGAGUUUACUUCACCGCUAAUACUUGGCUUCCCCACUGUAAAAAGUUAUACGCAUUCUAGUGGAUAUAUGUGCAUAAAAAUGUAUAAUACGUGAUAGUUAUUGUAAUAUUGUAAGUAGGCGUGUUAUGGGUAUUACUUGCGAACUUUAUCAAGAUUGUAUGGCUUCGAUCAACCGAACGUUGAUGCGGUUUGGGUAACGCCGUCAAUUUGGCCUUCGGCUGUUUCAAAUGAUCUACCAGAUUCUUCGAUGACUGUUACGUAUAUCCUUUCGUACAGCAUGUCUACAACCAUGUCAUGUCUCUCU